AUGACAUCGCUUAAGCGAAUACUGAACCAUGGCAACGACCCUGCAGACGAUUACUGGCAAAGGGCUAUUCUAGAAUGCCACCAAGACAAUAAGUUUAGCGACGAACCUGUGCUAGCCGAUCAAUCAUGGGACCUGGGGAGUUUAUUGCUCAAUGCAGAUAGUACACUCGACGACCUCGACCUGGACCUGAGCCAGUCAGAACCCGCAUCUAAUGCUUUCCUCUCCGCGGGAUAUGACAUCGAAGCCUGGGCUGCGCAAUAUGGGCCCUCGGACGAAGGGUUGUCGGUUACCCUGGAAAUUGGUGCCCAUAGUGUGACCUCUGAACACUCCCUAAAUGGGCCUUCAAGAGAGCUCUGUUAUGGGAUGAUCUACCGCACGGCCGUCAAACUUGUGGGAGACAUGUCACAGAUCAAUACCAAGCUUCAUGCAGACAAUAUAUCCAAGAAUGCUAGAAACUAUAUUUUUGAGAUACAGAGUUCUUCGGAUCGAGUCUACCUGUCGUUCCCAGAUGGCGCUGAAUUCGCACUCCUGGACACCCGUACAGCAAAGAUCCUCAAUGGACUGCUUAGUCUACCAUCCAUCCACCUGGAGGCGCUAGUAGAUUCGACAUCGUUGUACGAUGUCAUACGCAAGGCUACCAAAGCAAACGAUGCUUCUUUACGUAUCAACAUCAACGUUUAUGGAUCGAAAGAGUCUUACAAGGAAGUCGGUCACCAUCUUUCUGCUGGCAGAAUUUAUCUGCAGGACCCUGAUCAGCGAAGCCCGGGAUCUACAUACGAGAAUCCUCACGUCCUAACGUUUCCUGGUUUGGAAGCUCAACACGUGGAUCUCAGUCCAAAGGGAAUUGGUGAAAGCGUGUUGCAAGGCGACGACACCUUGCAGUUCCAAGAAACUGUCUCUAACGUAUAUGCUACCUUGAAGAGAAGCUCACAUUUGACACGAAUGAUUGGAGACACUAGACUCAGGACACCCCUACUUCAACAUCAGGAAGAAGCUUUAUCGUAUUUGAUGCAGAGGGAGUGUGGUCCAGUGUCACCUGAAUUCUCUCUAUGGCGCCGCGUGGAGUCGGAUGGUCACGUCAGUUACCGCCAUGCGAUCACAAACGCCAUAUCACCAGUUAUGCCUUCGGAAACUGGAGGAGGCGUUCUUGCGGAUGAAAUGGGCAUGGGCAAGUCGCUUUCUAUCCUGUCGCUAGUUACGAAGACUUUGGAAAAUGCUCACCACUGGGCAAGCAAUGGCACUGCGGCUUUGUCAAACGAAGAGUGGGCCAGAAAACCGAUAUCUCGAGCUACGUUGGUGGUUGUUUCCUCAGCCUUACUGCUGAACAGUUGGCAAUCAGAGAUUGACACACAUCUGGACGGCACCAUCAAAACCAUAAAAUAUCACGGGCACAAGCGCGAGAGAAUACCCACUAUCAUUGGAGAUUCAGAUAUUGUUCUGACUACUUACCACACCCUCGCAGUUGACCUCGCAGCGAAGAAGAGCCCGAUGCAUGAGAUUGUAUGGUUCAGGGUUGUUCUCGAUGAAGCUCACACUAUACGUCGACGGUCCACUACUUUCUACCAAAGUGUUUCCAAACUGCAUGCAAAUUCGCGCUGGUGCUUAACAGGCACGCCUAUUCAGAAUCGGUUGGAGGAUAUCGGCACACUGUUUACCUUUAUUCGAGUAGCUCCCUUUGACAGUAUGGCCACAUUUCGGAGAUUCAUCGUGAUACCCUUUGAGCAAGGUGGAAAUGGUCGUACUUCGGCCUGCGAGCGGCUACGUCUGCUUAUGGAUUCCCUCUGUCUGCGCCGUACCAAGGACUUGAUUCAUCUACCAGACCAGCAAGACAGCAUCCGCGUCAUUGAAUUUACAAGAGAAGAACGAGAGCAAUACGAACAGACCAAGAAAAUCAUGAUUCGGGCAAUUCGACAAAACGCUGACGAAGCCCACAAGAAAAGCCUGUUUGGAAUGUUUCAGGCACAGCUUCAAUUACGAAUCCUGUGCAAUCACGGCACUUUCCAGCGUCCAUUUUCGUGGGCCAGUAAGCGGGACUUGCUAGACGAAAAAGAGGCUGCCCUUUGCUCGGUUGGACAAAACGGUGAGAUUAAAUGCUCCUCUUGCAGACAGUCUAUGCCUAUCUUAGGCACGAAUCGAGUCUACCGGACAUAUGCCGAACGCUGUGCCCACGUCUUAUGUCUAGAAUGCUUAGACGAGAAAGCCCAGGAAAACGGCGAUGAUGAGGGUCGCCUACCCUCGCAAUGCCCUCUAUGUGAUACUGCUAGCGUUGCCGGGAUUGAAUUCCAAGCUGGUGGGAGCUUUGCAGCACAAGAGGGACGCCAGGAUAACUAUUUCCGCUUUGGGGGUCAUUCUUCAAAGAUGGCUGCACUUAUAUUUGACGUACAACAAGACUUACUGAGGACGAAAAGGCAAGUCGUACGAAAUUUGAUCGCAAAGCACCUCAACCAGCAUUUGAUUUCCUUCAAACGUAUUGAUGGCGAAUGUCCACUGCCAACCCGUCAGAAGAUUCUCGAUGAUUUCGCUCGAACGCGUGAGACGCCAGUGCUCAUCAUGACGACUGGCACAGGUGCAUUCGGCUUGAAUCUCACAGUGGCGAAUCGCGUCUUCAUCGUCGAGCCGCAGUGGAAUCCCAGCGUCGAGAAUCAAGCCAUCGCCCGCGCACUAAGGCUGGGCCAAGGCCAGUCCGUCCUUGUCACAAGAUAUGUAAUGCAGGGUACGGUUGAGCAGGAGAUGCGAUCCCAACAGGACCGAAAACUCAAGAUAGCCGAGGCUGGUUGGGAAUCACAGUGCUAA